AUGGAUUAUUUUCUAAACACUCUCUGCAGUACCGAUAAGGUGGAAAGCAGAGGGGAUUAUGAACUCAUGCCAGGCCCCAUUGCUGAAGCGGACUAUUUACCACUCCGCCUCAACCACGAGGAACGUAAAAUACAGCGAUUGAUGCGUGGUAUUAUUAUGGCCUCACACUACACUGAUAAAGUGGAUAGUGAGACUGCAUUGAAGAGCAACAAACGGGAUGCAAUUAUUGUUAGAGAAAUUACAAAUGCAUUGAGUGGUUUGAUUCUUGGUUUGGAUGUUGAAAAGGGGGCGAUGCUCCUCCGCGAGAGGGAUUUUACACCUUUUGCAAAAGAAAUUCGUACAGCUAUAGAAGCUUGCCGAAGGUAUAAAAUGAUGAAUCCUGAUUUACUUCGAACCGAUUACGUAAAAUUUCUUUAUAUGGUUCAAGAUGCGGUACAAAAUGAAAAUGUUCGAGAAAUGUUGGGAUUUGUUGUUGGAGAGAGAAUUAUUACAGUAGGUCAAUACUGUCGUUCGUUGGGUUUUGAAGAGGUAUUACAAGAUCGACGUUUACCUCUUUGCAUUACUCCUGUUCCUGUAAUGAAAAACAAAAGUAAAUUGAAUAAGGCGUUGCGUCAAAAGGAUAUUGUAGUUAAUGCUGUAACAAAAGAGUAUGGUGGAAGAUUUGGUAGACAUUCUGAAGAAGUAGAACUUGCCAUUAGAAGCCUUAAUGACGCCAAUCAAUUUGCCAAUGAUAAUGUAGAUAGCACGAAUCAGUUAUUAAAACUAUUAAAGCAUUAUUUUUCCCCUGAUAACUUAAAUGAGUUGACAAAUUUGAGUAUUGAUGAGGGUGAAGAUGGAAGUCGUUUGACACAUGAUCAUAAACGUCAGUUCUAUUUCGUUUUACAGAGUCUUACUUUAUGGAAAAAUAUAUGUCGUCGAAUGUUUUCUCUCUGGACUAUUGCAGAAGAAGAUAUGUUAAAUCCAAAUGAACCAUAUGAGUUUCGUUACACUGGUCAAGGAUACCAACGUGUACAAAAAGCACCAAACCUUUACCGAGCUAUUUGUGAUAUUGUUCAACAAACAAAAGAUGAACUUGGAGAAUGGGUAGGAUCAGAACGUGUACACCUUGGUGAUGAUCAGGUUCCUAAUGCGUUUCAUUUUAUUGAUAAAUAUGUUCAGGUUUCACGUAUUAUUAUUCCUAUUCUUCGUACUAUUACGAAUAUUGAUAAACUGGAACAUAAUUCUGAGCACAAUGCCUACUUGAAAGAAGUAUGGGGUAAUGCAGGUAACGCUAGGUUGGCUAUAUUGCGUGACUUUUUCCGUCAUGGUUUUGAUGGUAGUGGAGGUGAUAAUAUGGAUGAUGCUGGAAGUUGUGUGGACGGUCGAUUGACUAGCGCUUGGAAUUGGUGUAAUAAUAUUCGUUGUAAACCUUUCUAUCCUCUUUUUCUCUUUGCAGGUUUUAACUCAUUUGAUGGAGAAUUUGACUUGUAA